AUGGACCUCGUCCUUCUCUGUGUGUUCCUGCCUCUGGUGACCGUGGCAUGGGGCCAGUACGGUGACUAUUACUACGGUCCUUAUAACUACGGAGAUAAUGAUGAAUGGGCCAAUGUGUACCGGCAGGGUUUCAACUUCCAGUGCCCGCACGGGCAGGUGAUCGUGGCUGUCAGGAGUGUUUUCAACAAGAAGGAAGGCUCCGACAGACUGUGGAACUACGCCUGCAUGCCGGCGGCCCAGAGCCUCGGUGAGCCGACAGAGUGCUGGUGGGAAGAGAUCAACAGGGCGGGAACCGAAUGGUAUCAAACCUGCUCAAACAAUGGGCUGGUGGCUGGUUUCCAGAGUCAGUAUUUUCCAUCUGUGCUUGACCGUGAAUGGCAAUUUUACUGCUGCCGCUAUAGCCGGAGAUGCCCAUAUUCAUGCUGGUUAACAACAGAGUAUCCGGAACACUAUGGAGAAGAUAUGGACAUGAUGAUGUACACUUAUGACCAUUACAUCCGUGGGGCAACCACAACUUUCUCUGCUGUGGACAGGGAUCGUCAGUGGAAAUUCAUUGUCUGCAGGAUGACAGAGUAUGACUGUCCAUUUCAAAAUGUUUAAAAAGAUCGAGUGUACCCAACUUGGAAAGCUUAGGGACAGACAGGGUGGGGAUGAGGGUCAGUGAUUAUGGGAGAAGGGCAAUUAAGCUCACAAAAAAAGUACUAAGACUCAUCAGCUGCCUGCUGAAGAUACAAUUCUUUCCCUCUGGAGCUAUUAAAUAAAUUGCCAGCCCACGUGCUUGCAACACAAUUUUGGAGGAUUCCUUCAAGCUGCACUGGCCAUUGUAUCCCCCAACUAAAAUUGCUUAUGACAUACACGUUUAUGAUACCCAAGUCUAUGGCAUAUGCAGUUACCUUUUUUAUAUAUACAUAUAGCCAUUCUGAAUAC